UUAGAAAUUGCAUUAAAGGCGUUGUCUAUUUAUUUAUGUUUUGUCGAUCUAAUAGUGUUAUUUAAAAUAAAUCUUCUUGAGUUCUUUUCAAAAUGUCGCAAAGUAACAGCAGUGAUGAUAAAAACAAUUAUCCCAGAGCAUCAAAGUCCUUGGUUUGGGGAGCGAUUUUUUCCUAUGUCGGAUCAAUAUUUUUGUUGAUUGCAUUUUGCGUUCCAUAUUGGAUAGAGUCUUAUCCGGAGUCGUUUAGCAGCUUUAAGCAUAUGGGACUAUGGGAAUACUGCUUCAAAGAUUUUCAGUAUCCGUAUUAUCAAUUUCCAAAACUCUUCAAUGGUUGUCAUCACAUUUUUAGUCAUGAAUAUUAUGUUAUAAGGGAGUAUUUAUUACCUGGAUGGCUAAUGUUUGUUCAAGGAUGUGUCACAAUCGCCUUUUUAUGCACUUUUGGAUCUUUGGCUAUUAUGGCGUGUGAAAUUUGUCGAUGGCCGCUAAAGUUGGUACUGCGUUAUGAAUGGUUACUUACGAGCCUCUCGUUAGCAGGGAUAUCCUUUUCUUCAUUCUUGUUGUUUUUGGCUUCUGCGGUCUUUGGUGGAAAUGCCUACCGGCGUGAUUGGCUAAUGUAUCCAAAAUUUAAUGUACUAUCAUGGGGUUAUUCCUGCUGUGUUGUUGCCUUCAUGAUACUCGGAAUUGCUUCGUUAGUACUAUAUCGUGAAGCAGUAAUUUCAUACAAAAGAAGACAAGAAGGAAAAAGUUUAGUAAUGCAAAUGCAAGAAACGCAUUCAGCCCACUCUGGGUUUCAUACACCACAUUCCUCUAUGCGCUAAAAUAAAAAGAAACACAAAAGAUUCCAGAUCGAAUUUUUCAAAGAAAUUAUUGAAUGAUUAGUUCAGAACAUGCCUUACUUUGAAUAACAACUUAUUUAAAGUUUAUUUAAAAAAACAUUAUUAAAAGUAAACAAAAACAGAAUGACGAAACGAUUCCGUCCCAUAAUUGUAAUUAUGUAUAAAAGCAUAUAUAUUUUUUUUUCAAUAAAUAUUUACAUACCUAUUUUUAAAAGUAUCUAA